UUUUUUAACAGAAAGCGUGCCGACGUUGAACUCGCAAAACCUUUACGUGCAAAAUUUGGGCCAGAUCCAGUCCCUAUUCUUGGUAAUUGGGCCCAGGCAUGGCCCGUUACCAUGAGCCAAUCCGUGGCAAGGGGCUGCAGGAGAUGCUAAUAGGCCAGGGAUUCACUGUUUACUUGAUCGACGAGUAUUGCACCUCAACGUUUUCCCCAGCAUGUGAGAGCAGGAUGGAGAAAUUUCACAAAAUUGAUGAUCCUCAUCUGCAGGAUCCCAAAAACAAGUACCAUGUCGCAAUGGCGGCAGCAGCAUCAUUCAAUUGCGUCGCAGCUGCAACCACUUCAGCCACUGC